AUAAUCCAUAUAACUACAAUGGGAGGCACUCUCUUCUUGAGAAUAGUUCGCCGCUAGCAUGGCAACGCUUUGACUUAAGUUUUGAAUUUAGAGCGCUGCGCUGACGUUGCCUCGUUUGAAGAGGACAGGCGGGGACCAAAGGUCGGCGCAUUACGUACAUAAGGACGUGGUUCUGACUUGCCCAAAUGGCUGGAAGUUGUUUAAUACGAAGUGUUACAAUGCUUUUGAUGUACGUCGUUCUUGGCCACAAGCCCUUUCAUUUUGUAGCAGACAAGGCAGUCUCUUGACUCGGAUCGAAACUCGAGCCGAAAACGAGUUCGUCACCGGCCUCGCUCAUCACGUUCCGAAGUCGUUCAAUCAGACCGUUUUCUGGACAGGUUAG